ACGGUGUGACGUCUGAAAAGCCACAACAACCAGGAACAGGAUCUAACUUUAGUCAACGAGUCUCACCAACGAAGUCGAGUAGGAGUGAACGCAGCGUGUAUUUCGGGGAAAGUACCGUCUGAAGUUGUCUUAAGAAGAUACGCGUUUUCCCCAAACCAUUCUGAACACCACCCGUAUAUUCAGAAGCUAGUUAAAAUGACAUUUCGUGUAGUUUUCGUGCUGGUGUCCAUUCUCUGGGCUCUCAUUGUUGCUGAUAACACCACCAGCGAUUCCACAACAGCAACUACUGCCAAACCGGUCAUCAGCGUAACAACGAUGAAUAGCAGUUUGGUUGUCAACAAAACCAAUAACAGCAAGAUGCCUCAUGAGAAAGGCAGGGGAAGUUUGGGGUUUGACGUGGACAGCUCGACGAUACAAAGGGCCCUGUAUGUUCUUAUCGGAAUCACCGUCAUUGGAGUUCUGUAUUUCCUUGUAAGAGCUGUUCGACUGAAAAAACCUACUGUUACAAAGCGGAAGAAAUAUGGGCUCCUGUCAAACCAAGACGAUGACAACAUGGAGAUGGGAGCGUUGGAUAGCGAUGAGGACGACACCGUGUACGAGGCUAGAGCUUUGAGGAGAUGAGCCUGCCAUCUCCAGAUAAGGAACAAGACUGCUGGAAAUCUGAAGGAGUCUGCAUUGAUCUGGAUUUGGACUUUGGCCUUCUGGGGGGUACCCUUUGAACCUCUCUGUUGAGAUGAACUGAAAUUUGCUGACCAAAUGGAUAUUUCCACCUACUGUGAGAUCCACAGUUACAAAUGAGAGAUUUUCAGAUGACCAAUCAAGAUUGCUGUUUGCUCUUGGUGCCAAAGUUGCCAUUUUGCAGUUGCCAGGCUAGAAUCAGUUCCAUCCAAUCUGUCUUCCUUUCCAUUCCGCUUAGUUUCUCCCAUUAUUAAAGAUAGUCUCUGACUUGGAUUGUUUGAAAUCA